CGGCGCGCUCUUCAACUGAUUUUUUUAAAACCCAUUUGCCGGUAGCCUGACUUUUUUCCUGCUGGUUUAACUAAACCUCUUCUCCCUACCGAAAAAGCUAGGUCUGUACAUGCUGAAAGCACACCGAUCAAUGGCCAUCCAUUUUCAUUCUUCUCCUAACCAAACCCCUUUCCAUCUGAUUGACCCCUUCUGUUGUGGCCAUGGACAGUCAGCAGGAACAGUCCGUUUGCUUGACUUGGCCUGUUACACAUGGUGAGCUAAAGAGGUUGAAAUGCCAUACCCACACCUUGUGUGUAAUUAAAAAAUUUCACUUUAUUGGUUGGUUACUCAGAGCCAAGCUCAGGAUGGUGUCAUCUUGACCAGAGAAAGCUCAGUCAAGCAUUCCCAGCCUAGAGAGCACCUAUGGUGUCAGAUUCCAAGAAUGCCUUUUGCGGCCAAGAAUAAGGGCAGGGGCCUGGAUGGAUUUAGGGGUCCGACAUCGACUAAAGACCUUGCACCAAUAAGGAUGAAGGCGUCGAUCUAGAGCGUUAGAGUAACAGAAUCAUAUCAAGUAAGAGUACGUAGUCUAGAUGUCAGAAAGGCUUCAUGACUCUUUCGCAUGUAGAUUCGCUCGGUUCUUGUAGCACACUAUUUUUAUUUUUUAGCUCUUCAAGUCGGCGCUACAGUCUGUGAUGGUGUCAUCCACCGCUUCCCCAUGUGGCUCACGCGGCUUUAAAUUGUUCAUCAGACUGCGCUGGGAGGAAUA